AUGGCGAGCAAAGCUUCCCUCAGGCGGGCUGAGGACUUUGUCGACUUCUUGAACGCUUCUCCAACCCCAUUCCACGCCGUCCGAUCAGCCAAGCUUCGUUUAGAGAAGGCCGGAUUUCAAGCCAUCAAGGAGCGAGACAACUGGACACCACAUCUACAGCCCGGCGGCAAAUACUACCUCACCCGUAAUGCCAGUACCAUUAUCGCCUUUGCUCUCGGCUCGAAAUGGAAGCCCGGCAACCCGGUCGCUAUGGUUGGCGCUCACACAGACUCACCAUGCCUGCGAAUCAAGCCUGUCUCGAAGCGAACAGCGGACGGCUUCUUGCAGGUCGGCGUGGAGACAUAUGGAGGUGGAAUGUGGCAUACUUGGUUCGAUCGCGACCUUGGAGUGGCGGGCCGGCUGAUGGUUAAGGCCCAGGAUGGUGGGAUCGAGCAGAAGCUGGUACGGAUCAACAGGCCAAUCUGCAGGAUACCCAACCUGGCUGUGCAUUUCGGUGGCAGCGUGCCGUUUGAGUUCAACAAGGAGACCAAUCUGUACCCGAUUACUGGACUGGUGUCUGCGGAGCUGAACAGGACCGGGACUUCACCCGAGGACGUAAAGAAGGAAGACAAAGAUGAGAAGGACGAGCAGGCAACUCCGCUGAAGACCGUUACCCAGAGACACCACCCAUACCUCGUAGAGCUUCUUGCGGGAGAAGCAGGCUGUAACCCGCAGCAAAUCCUCGACUUCGAGCUCGUACUUUACGAUACACAAGCUUCCUGCAUUGGUGGCCUGAACAACGAGUUCGUCUACUCUGCACGACUGGACAACCUAGGCAUGACUUACUGCGCCGUGGAAGGCUUGAUCCAAUCCGUGUCCUCACCUUCAGCUCUGCGUGAAGACUCCACCAUCCGCCUCAUAGCCUGCUUUGACCACGAAGAGAUCGGCUCCACCUCUGCCCAAGGCGCCGACAGCAACAUGCUGCCUGCUGUACUCCGGAGGCUGUCGUGCCUGCCUUCUACGCCCUCUUCGGCCGACAGCGACAAAUCAUACGACAAAAUCACAAACGGUACAUCCGAAGAGAGCAGCACAGCCUACGAGCAGACAUUAGCCACAUCUUUCCUUGUCAGCGCCGACAUGGCUCACAGCGUCAAUCCGAACUACGCCGCCAAGUACGAAUCCGAGCACAAGCCGCACAUGAACGCUGGCACCGUCCUCAAAAUCAACGCCAACGUGCGCUACGCCACAAAUUCGCCCGGCAUUGUUCUGCUCGAGGAAUGUGCACGCCGAGCCAAACCGGCGUCAUUCCGACUGCCUGGCAGUACGGCUGGCAAGGGCGUGCCGCUUCAGCAGUUCGUGGUCAGGAAUGACAGUCCGUGUGGCAGUACGAUCGGUCCAAUGCUGAGCGCAAGCUUGGGUGUGCGCACCAUUGACGUUGGUAAUCCGCAGCUGGCCAUGCACUCGAUUCGGGAGACUAGCGGCUGCUAUGAUGUCGAGCACGGUGUCAACUUGUUCGACAGCUUCUUUGAGCACUACGGCGAGCUCGAAAGUAAGAUUGUGGUUGAUUGA